UCCAUCUCCAACUCCAACCCCAACACCACGACGUUCCCUCUCCAUCCCCUCUUCCCCUUCCUCCCCCUCUUCCACAUAUCACACAAAAACCAUGGUACAAUACAUAACAACCCCCUGGCGCACCCGCGCCGAGCUCCUACGCGUGCGCUCCGCCCUCUACCCAUCAUCUUCUUCUGGACCCAUGAAAGAGGAGGAAAUCAAAACGGCGGUAGCGAAAGUCGGCGUUUGGAUGCAGAGGGGUAAUUGUCCGCAUUUGGUGGAGAGCUCGGCGGUGCUUUGGAGUGCGGUGUUGAAUGAUCGGGUGGGGAACUCGUCGUAUUGUGUUAGGGCUGCUUAUGCGGCGGCUUUUUGUAGAUUCGUAACCGGUCUCCUCGACAGCCACCAAGACAAGCGCCGCAAACUUAGCAUGUACUCCAUCGCCAAAACCCUCGGCCUACCAGCAACCUACGUCGAGCUCCGCCACCAAGCAACCCACGAAGAGCUCCCCUCGCUCUCCAAGCUCCGCAUCGCGACUCACAAAGCCUUGAAAUGGAUCUGGGACUACUACUGGGUGCAUCUCAAAGAAGAAAUCACGAGCAUGAGCGAGAACAGGGAGUAUGUGGAGAAGUUAGUCAGGGAGAAAGAUGCUGGGAUUAGAGCGAGGAUGGAGGAGUUUGUGGGGAAUUGGGACCAGGAUCGUUUGAUGGGGAUUCUGGUCGAGAUUCAGGGAGCCACGGAUGAUGUGGUUAUUCUAGCUAGGUCGAGUCGGUUGCAGCGGUUGGUUGUGGAUGGGGGGAAGGGCAAUUCGAGGAAGAGGAAGUUGGACUCGGAGGUCAAGAGCUUGGAUGAGGUGAAGGCCGAGAUGGAGAUGAUGAACCGGGAAUUGGACAAUGAGAUGGAGGACGAUGGGCCCCAAUCAGAAGUGGCCCACCCUGAGGCACGAAAAGAGCCUCCCACAAGCAAAGGCUGGACAAUGUGGGAAGGGCCCUGGACACCGAAACCCAUCGGCGUAGUCUGACUGAGAGAGGCAUCUCAAACAAGAAAAAUCCUUCUGCAGUAGUGUCAAUCGAAUCCUUCAAGUCGACAGACAUCACGACAUGGAAAGAAAAUCUCCGAAAAGACUAGCUAUCGAAAGCGAUCCUCGUCUCGAUCCAACCGACGACGAAUAUCUCGGCCGCGAUCCAGCGCUAUUUAUACCGAGGCUGAGGCCAUCCCGACUAAGAUUGACAGUUCUUUUUGAGUCAAAACGCGGGUGGAUGGGAUGUCAGCUUACUCGUUUGAGUCAAGAUGAUGUGCGGACGCUAAGGCA